UAGAAAACUGAACACAAAACCAAAAUCGUCUACUUCAACAACAACGCCACCACACACACGCAGAUGGCUUUCACCUCGUACAAUGGCGGCAACACCCGCCGUGGAGGAGGCUGGACCCUCCCCACAUCAUCAUCCUCAUCAUCAUCGUCUUCUUCGCCACACUCUAAGUCCAAAUACUCUCGUAAAUCCCGCAAACGAUUCUUUCUCAGAGACUUCAUCUUCUCCAACUUCCUCACCAUCUGUCUCUCCCUCUCUCUCCUCUUCUUCCUCAUCGUCGUCUUCCGCUUCGGCGUCCCCAAACCCUUCUCUUCCCAAUUCAAGCACCGAAACCCCCAAAAUCCGAUUCGUCGGACAAAAUCUCCUCGAUUUGCCGAUCGCGAUGGUGUUUCUGGGGCUGUUGUUGAUAUCACCACCAAGGAUUUGUACGAUAAGAUCGAGUUCUUGGAUGUGGAUGGUGGGCCGUGGAAGCAGGGUUGGAGGGUGAGAUACGAAGGGAACGAGUGGGAUUCGGAGAAAUUGAAGGUUUUUGUGGUCCCUCAUUCGCAUAAUGAUCCGGGUUGGAAGCUCACUGUUGAGGAGUAUUAUGAUCGACAGUCGAGGCAUAUUCUUGAUACCAUCGUCGAGACUCUUUCGAAGGAUCCUCGCCGCAAAUUUAUAUGGGAGGAGAUGUCUUAUUUGGAGAGAUGGUGGAAGGAUGCCUCAGAAACUAAAAAAGAAUCUUUCAUCAAUCUAGUGAAGAAUGCACAGUUAGAAAUUGUUGGAGGUGGGUGGGUGAUGAAUGAUGAGGCUAAUUCACAUUAUUUUGCUAUCAUUGAACAGAUGAUGGAGGGGAAUAUGUGGUUGAAAGACACCAUCGGGGUUGUUCCUAAAAAUUCUUGGGCAAUAGAUCCGUUUGGUUAUUCAUCUACCAUGGCAUAUCUUCUCCGUCGCAUGGGCUUUGAGAACAUGCUUAUACAGAGGACCCAUUAUGAGUUGAAAAAGGAACUGGCUUUCUCCAAGAAUUUGGAAUACAUAUGGCGCCAAAGCUGGGAUCCCGAGGAAACAACUGAUAUUUUUGUCCAUAUGAUGCCCUUUUAUUCUUACGAUGUUCCGCAUACUUGUGGUCCAGAGCCUGCAAUUUGUUGCCAGUUUGACUUUGCGAGAAUGCGUGGCGUUGGUUCUUAUGAGUAUUGCCCUUGGAGAGAAGAUCCAGUGGAGACCAACCAAGAGAAUGUGAAGGAGAGAGCGCUCAAACUGCUAGAUCAGUAUAAGAAGAAAUCGACACUAUACCGAACAAACACGCUUCUUGUACCACUAGGAGAUGAUUUUCGUUACGUCAGCGUGGACGAAGCGGAAGCACAGUUUAGGAAUUAUCAAUUGUUAUUUGAUUAUAUCAAUUCUAGUCCGAGCUUGUGUGAUUUUGGGGCAAAGUUUGGAACUUUGGAAGAUUAUUUCCGAACACUUCGCGAGGAGGCUGACAGGAUAAAUUAUUCACUUCCUGGUGAGGUUGGCUCGGGUCAGGUUGGAGGUUUUCCUUCUCUAUCAGGUGAUUUCUUUACUUAUUCUGAUCGUGAACAAGACUAUUGGAGUGGCUACUAUGUAUCUAGGCCUUUCUUCAAGGCUGUGGAUCGUGUAUUGGAGCACACUCUUCGUGCCACCGAAAUGAUGAUGGCUUUCUUGUUAGGAUACUGCCAGAGAUCGUCGUGCGAAAAGUUGCCAACUGGUUUCUCCUACAAGUUGACAGCUGCGAGAAGAAACUUAGCUCUUUUUCAGCAUCACGAUGGAGUAACGGGUACUGCUAAGGAUCAUGUGGUUGAGGACUACGGAACUCGAAUGCAUACCUCUUUACAAGAUUUGCAAGUUUUCAUGUCCAAAGCUAUUGAAGUUCUGCUUGGAAUCCGACAUGAGAAAUCUGAUCAGAACACAGCUCAGUUUGAACCGGCACAGGUGAGAUCUAAAUAUGAUGUCCAACCAGUGCAUAGAUCAAUCAGCGCAAAUGAAGGAACUGCACAAUCAGUUGUCCUAUUUAAUCCGCUUGAGCAAACAAGAGAUGAAAUUGUGAUGGUUAUUGUUGACAGGCCAGAUGUGACCGUUUUGAACUCAAAUUGGACAUGUGUCAAAAGCCAAGUAUCUCCCGAGUUGCAGCAUGAUAAAAGUAAGAUUUUUACCGGGAGGCACCGUGUCCAUUGGCAAGCUUCCGUUCCACCCCUGGGAUUGCAUGUAUAUUACAUUGCUAAUGGGUUUGUUGGAUGUGGAAAGGCCAAGCCAGCGAGACUCAGAAUUUCCACAAAGGACAACCAUUUUGCUUGCCCCACACCAUAUUCAUGCUCAAAAUUAGAAAGUGCAGACACCAUAGUAAUCCGUAACCGGCACCAAAUUCUCACUUUCGAUGCCAAUCUGGGUUUGUUGCAGAAAGUAAGCCGUGAAGAUGGUUACAAAAAUGUUGUCGGUGAAGAAAUAGGUAUGUAUUCUAGUUUGAAAAGUGGAGCGUAUUUAUUCAAACCUGUUGGUGGUGCUGAUUCUAUCAUACAGGCUGGUGGGCAAGUGGUGGUAUCAGAGGGUCCUUUGAUGCAGGAAGUUUUCUCUUUCCCGAAUACUGCUUGGGAUAAAAGCCCAAUUUCGCACAGUACCCGAAUUUAUAAUGGUGAUAACACAAUUCAGGAAUUUCUCAUUGAGAAGGAAUAUCAUGUUGAGCUUCUUGGCCAGAGUUUCAAUGACAAAGAACUAAUAGUUAGAUACAAGACAGACAUUGAUAACAGACGGAUAUUCUUUUCUGAUUUGAAUGGCUUUCAGAUGAGCCGGAGAGAAACCUAUGAUAAGAUUCCUCUGCAAGGAAAUUACUACCCAAUGCCCUCGCUGGGGUAUAUGCAAGGAACAAAUGGUCACCGCUUCUCUGUCCAUAGCCGGCAAUCUUUGGGUGUGGCGAGCCUUAAAAAUGGAUGGUUAGAGAUCAUGCUUGAUCGUCGAUUGGUAAGAGAUGAUGACCGUGGUCUUGGGCAAGGCGUGAUGGAUAACCGACCAAUGAAUGUAAUUUUCCACAUCCUUUUGGAAUCCAACAUUUCCAAGACUUCAAAUCCCAUUUCGAACUCCAGCCCUCUAAGCCCCUCGCUGCUCUCUCAUCGUGUUGGUGCCCACUUGAACUAUCCAUUCCAUGCUUUUAUUGCCAAGGAACCACAAGAAAUAUCUGUGCAGCCACCUCCAAAAACCUUCUCUCCUUUAGCUUCAUCCUUGCCAUGUGACUUGCAUAUUGUGAGUUUUAAGGUUCCUCGGCCUUCAAAGUAUUCUCAGCAACCCAGCGAUGACCCUAGGUUUGUGCUAAUUUUACAAAGGUGGCAUCGGGAUUCUUCUUACUGUCGGAAAGGCAGGUCUCAAUGUUCAAGUAUAGCCAACGAGACUAUAAAUUUGUUCGACAUGUUCAAGGGGCUUGCGGUGUUGAAUGCAAGAGUUACUUCUUUGAAUCUGUUACAUGAAGACACAGAGAUGCUUGGAUUCACUGAGCAAGGACGUGUUGCCCAAGAAGGACACGUACUCAUCUCUCCCAUGGAAAUGCAGGCUUACAAAUUGGAACUACGACCGCAUCAAUGAGUUCAAAGUGCAGAUCCUGUUGCAGUUUUUUCACCGUGCCUGGGUUAUUGGUGGAGAAGAUGAUCCUGCAUUUCCCUUUCAAACUAUCUAUUUGAGAAAUAUCACGAUGACCCAUCUGUAUGUAUAUGGUUUUUUGUCAGAAAUAUCUGACCAAAUUGUAGGUGUUAUUGGCCCGGGCUAUGGAGCUGCUGUUAUGUAAUGGUAAAUUAAUUUCUUCAGGCUCAUUUCAGAGUUUGUUUGGAGAGCUGCAGCACCGGCAUAUACCGCUUCCAGAGACUAGGUAAAUGAUUGUAUUUUUAUGGUCAUUAUAUAGAUUUGAUAGAGGGAUUUUCCACAUGCAUUAACAGUCUUUUAAUAUGAAAAUAUACGUGUACACGUCUAAUUUGCUUUUUGAGAAUUGCUUUGGUUGGUUUGCUCAAGUGGUCAGAAUGAAAUAUUUUAGGGGAAAUUAUCAUUCA